AUGUCGUGUGCGGUGCUCCCCGCUCGCGACAGAGAUGAGGAGCCUAUGGAGAAGACGUUAUACCGAUUCAAGUCUUCGCCCAGGUUCAUGUUCCUCUCUCGGUCCUUCAACUACUCGUCGCGCCUGCUCUCCAUCGGCGCAAAAGUGGCUGUCAAUCAGCUGUGCUUCACGCCCGUCUUCAACUCGUACUUCUUCGGCGCGCAGGCGCUGCCGUCGGGCGAUUCGCUGGCGGACACUUCGGAGCGCAUCAAGAAGACGGUGCCGGUCAGUUUCGUCAACUCGUGCAAGUUGUGGCCCGCCGUCACGGCCUUCAGCUUUGCGUUCGUGCCGAUCGAGUACCGCAGCAUCUUUGCGGGCGUCGUGGCCGUGGGCUGGCAGACGUACUUGAGCUUCUUGAAUCGGGAGGCCGAGAUGGAGGAGGCGCGCGAGAAGGCGGCGGCGGGGGUGAAGCCUGCUCUUGCUGCUGCUGAGCGCGUGGAGGCCAUGGUCUUGAACUCUCAGGCAGGCGUGAAGAGCGAGUUCCGGAGAGAAGACCGCGCGCACCGAAAGAGGGAGGGCUACAGGGAGAAGUUGUGGACAUUGAGUACGGUCUUUAUACCCACAAGCUCCCAGGUAUCCAUGCUACUUGGUCUUACCGCCCUGUCGGCUCGACGGCCAUCGCCCGGACAGUCUGGUACAAGUCCCGACACCAUCACGCUACCUCGAGCAGAGCAGGCAGUCGUAGGCGGGUUCCGUGGCCACAAGCAGUACGCGCCCGUACGGCGCCAAGAGUAG